UCACCAUUGCGCUAAUUGGUGAUUCUUAUCAGAGUUAGGGACGUAUACGGCGAGAUAGAAGUAGGAGGCCACGGAGGACAAUUGACAGAUGAAUGGCUCGCUCGAUCCAAGAAGGUUAAACUAUAUUAUUUCGUAAGUGGCGGCCGGCGUGCGCAUCGCGCGAGCGCCCAACACUACGACUUGUGCAGUGAACGUUCAUGAAUUAUUAUUUAUUACUAACAUUUUAAUUGUGAUUUGUGAAUCAAGCCGAAUCGAAAAAAAACAAAAUGUACGUGAAGGAGCCGGAGAGCGGGGCGGGCUGCAUCAAGUGCGACACGACGGACGAAGGCAAGGAGUCCCCGUACAGGCUGAUACACUCCGACCACUCGGGCACGUCCACCCCCGAGCGCGGGCACAUGGCCAACCUGGUGCAGCGGAAGUCCACGUCCUGCAGAUCCAUAACGAAGACAAUAUCGGUGACACUCCUCAUCAUAACGUCAGUGCUGGCGCUGAUAUUCCCGCCCAUGGACUUCCUGCUGUGGGAGAAACUGAACAUGAGGCCAGGCCUCCCGCCAUUUGACUGGUGGGCGGACCCGCCGGACAAGGUGAAGAUGCGCGUGCACGUGUUCAACGUCACCAACCACGAGCGGUUCCUGGCCGGCGUCGACACCAAGCUCGAUGUCAACGAGGUUGGACCCAUCGUCUACCUGGAGAAGCUAACCCACUCCAACUUCCGGUUCAACGACAACGACACGUUGACGUACUUCGCGGACCGGCAGCUGGUGUUCCUGCCCGACGACAACCACAUCGACCUCAACGAUACCAUCAUCGUGCCCAACAUUGGCGUGCUGGGCCUCCUAUCCUACCUGUACGACGGGAACUACUUCGUGCGCACGGCCAUCAAGCUGCUGAUCCGGCAGCAGGGCAGCUCGCUGUUCGUCCGCAAGACGAUAUACGAGUACCUAUGGGACUUUCGGGAACCCGUCGUAGAGUUGUCCGGCCGCCUCGCCCCAGGGAUGCUACCCGUCACUAAUUUGGGUAUCCUGAAUGUGAUUUACUUUGAUUUUGCUGAUGAAGUGACCGUCAAGAUUGGGCCGCGGUGGGGCCACAAGAACUUCUUCAGAAUAGACAAAGUUAGGGGUGUUCCACAAAUGGCGCUAUACAAUCCUGAUGUGUGUCCGGACCGGCUAACGGGCUCCACAGAGGGUGUCAUGUACCCGCAGUACCUCACUAAGCUGGACGUCCUCCUCUACCUGAGAAAGAGCGUCUGCAAAAUCAUGCCGCUCUACUUCGUAGAGGAGGCGGUGAUGGAGGGAGUGCCGGUGUACCGGUACAACCUGACGGAGAACGUGUUCGACCGCAUCACCAACGGCACGGACUGCUACGCCGGCGCGCCCGCACACCCCUUCCCCGACGGCAUCAGUGAUGCCUCCAAGUGCUACUACAAUUUCCCAUUGGUGGCUUCAUACCCUCACUUCUACACUGGAUCCCCGCCGAAGGACACAUACGUGACGGGGCUCAAGCCCGAUAGAAGCAAACACAGCUCAUACGUCUAUGUGGAACCGAAAACCGGUGUACCCUUCGAGUCGGUGGCGCGGAUGCAGUGCAACCUGUACAUCAAUGACAUGUCCAGCUACGGCGACGAGGAGCUCAACAAGUUCUCCAAGCUAGUGCUGCCGCUCAGCUGGAUAGAAUAUAAACAAGAGGGCCUGCCAAAUCAUUUUGUAUACUCGAUAUAUUUCAUGGUGGUCAUACUGCCGCCGCUAGCGAAGGUCGUGUGCAGCCUUACACUAAUAGUGACAUCUUUACUGAUCCUCAACAAAAUAUUCAAGAAGACAAUCAUACGUUCGAUGUUUAAAAAAAGAAAAGUGGAAGAUUUGGAAAAUAAUACAAUUAGAGUAUACGAGAAGGAAAUGUUUUUACAGGACUCAAAAUAAUAGUAGAGCAUACACAUUAGCGAAAUGGUACGUUUUUCAUAGGUCGGUACUAGUAUACUGUAAGCACUCUAAUUUAAGCCCAAACGAAGAUAUUUUAAGGGUGGUUUUACGUCAUUCUUGAUUAUAAUUUGUGUUCGUUACUGAAUAUUGUUACCUCGGCUCUACUCUCUACUCUGAAUAUGUAGAGCCCUCUUUAGAUAGUAAUAAAUUAUAAUAAUUGUAUAGCUACGAGUUGCCAAAUACGCUGUUUCGGUGAACAUUAGUUUAGUAGGCCAAGAGUAUAAUUUUAGAUACUAAAGGCUCCGGUUGGCAGCUGGCGACAUGCAGUUGCGACAGACGACGUGUCGUCGCGAUACUACUAGUUUCUAU